AUGGAGAGUACAGAUUCAUCAUCGGCUUCUAAACAACCUCAGUUACCGCCGGGCUUCCGCUUCCAUCCUACCGACGAAGAGUUGGUGGUUCACUACCUCAAGAAGAAAGCUGCUUCAGCUCCUUUGCCCGUCGCCAUCAUCGCUGAAGUUGAUCUCUAUAAGUUUGAUCCAUGGGAACUUCCAGCGAAGGCGACGUUUGGUGAGCAAGAGUGGUAUUUCUUUAGUCCGAGAGAUAGGAAGUACCCAAACGGAGCUCGGCCUAACAGGGCGGCAACUUCCGGUUACUGGAAAGCCACCGGAACUGAUAAGCCGGUGUUGACGUCCGGUGGAACUCAGAAGGUCGGAGUGAAGAAAGCACUUGUGUUUUACGGAGGAAAGCCACCAAAAGGGGCGAAAACCAAUUGGAUCAUGCAUGAAUAUCGACUUGCUGAUAAUAAAAACAAUAUCUCCAAACCCCCUGGUUGUGAUCCCACCAAUAAAAAAGCUUCUUUAAGGUUGGAUGACUGGGUUUUAUGUCGAAUCUACAAAAAGAACAAUAUUCAGAGGCCGGUAGAUAGCGACGGCGGUGGCGGCGAUCACACCAUGACCGGGAUGCUGGCAUCUAUUCCACCGUCUAUAUCACUCGGUAUCACCAGACCCACAUCAGGGUUCAAUGCAAUGCUCGAGAAUCAUGAUCAUCACAACGUUGUAUUCGAUUCGACGAUGUUAAACUCAAACGAAAACAACAACAACAACGUUAACAUCACCACCUCAAACAAUCUUCUUCCGAUCAAAAGAUCCUUCCCUGGUUUGUUCUGGAACGAAGAAAACCAUCAUUCAGGUAAUAGUAACAAUAAUUCAGUACCCUACACCAAAAGAUUUCUUGCAGAGAGUAACACCACGGAUGGCGGCGUUAUGGCGGCAAGAACCGCCGAUGAAAACAACGGUGGUUCAAUCGCCGGUUUUCUCAACCAGUUACCACAAACACCACAAAUGCACCACCAGCAAGCAAUGUUAGGUUCCAUCGGAGAUGGCGUUUUCCGGCAACAACCCUACCAGUUAUUACCUGGAAUGAACUGGUACUCGUAG